AAAUAAAUGAUAAAACUCGAUUUAAAAUGAUGCAUCCCAAAAUAUCAAAAUUUUAUUCGGAUAGUGGUAACCUUUAUCAAUAUUAUUUUCGUGCCGAGUUAAUACCUGAAUAUGAUGAUGUGACGGCAAUGAUCUUUUUAACUUUUAACGGUUAUGAUGAUUUAAUAAGAUUAGCUGAAGCUUGGCAAGGUCCAAUAUCAGCAGUUUUACAUGUCCCAACCAAAACUUUAAAUGAUACAGAUCCGAUAAUAAGUGAAAUGCUUUAUAAUUAUAAACAACUUUACAAGCGAAAUCCAAUUAUAAGGCGUAAUGUUGAUAUUCAUUUGGUGAUUGGACUUGUGAAUAAUAAUGAUGAGGAGGAUUAUAAUGAUUUUGGUUUUAAUAAUUAUUAUAAAAAUGAGAAUAAAUAUGAGAAUAGGAGGA